ACUGGCAUCAUUGUAAGUCGGACACCCCAGCUGCUCAGCCAUGGCCCCAAAGAAAGCCAAGAAGAGGGCAGCAGAGGGAGCCAACUCCAAUGUGUUCUCCAUGUUUGAACAGGCCCAGAUCCAGGAAUUCAAAGAGGCCUUCACCAUCAUGGAUCAGAACAGAGACGGCUUCAUUGACAAGAAUGACCUGAGGGACACUUUUGCUGCUCUAGGACGUCUGAACGUGAAGCAGGAGGAGAUUGACGACAUGCUCAAAGAGGCUCCAGGCCCAAUCAACUUCACAGUCUUCCUCACCAUGUUCGGUGAGAAGCUGAAAGGUGCUGACCCAGAGGAGACCAUCCUCAAUGCGUUCAAAGUCUUUGAUCCCGAAGGAAAGGGGGUAUUGAGGAAGGACCACGUGACACAGAUGCUAACAACCCAGGCCGACCGAUUCUCUGCUGAAGAGAUGGAGCAGAUGUUCACUGCCUUCCCCCCUGAUGUGGCUGGAAAUCUGGAUUACAAAAACCUGGUGCAUAUCAUUACUCACGGAGAGGAAAAGGACCAGGAGUAGGCCUUCGUGCCCACAUAUUCAUCUGACAGAAAACCAUUUUCUUCAAGGUGACGCAGUGUCCAUGAAGAAAAAAUGGACUGAUUACCAAAAUUGUAUGUUGGCUUCAUUUUUUGGCAAUAGUGACCCCAUCGGAGGAUCUUGACAAAACGUUGUUCUCUAGGCUCUAAAAAAAAUUGACAAUCAAGAACAUUACAACAGUCUGCUCUCUUGCUCUAACUCUGCUUUGUCCUCAGUACAUUUCACCUGAGAAUAAUCAUAACGGUCCUCCUCAUAACUUUGUGCACCCAAUAGUCAAUAUUGUCAUAACCAUGGGUUAGAUUUAUGCAUGUCAGUCUAAUAAACCUUCUCAAAUAUGGCUACUAGCCUGCUUUUUUAGACAGAUGCUAUCUUAGCCGACUGAGGAUGAAGACGACAAGAUAAUGUUUGGCCCCCUGAACCAGGUGGCUUUACUGUAGUUAUUUUAGUCCUGUGCUGAUGUGAGGAAGGUAAUGCUAUACCAGGGAUUUGGGGGGGGGCAGAGUCCCAAAAGGAUGGCACUAAUCCUCUCCAGCUUCACCUAUCUCACUUGAUAGACCUUGGUGGGGGGGUGUGUUUGGUGGGGAAAAUCCCUUGUUGUUUCAGCUGGAGUGUGUGGAGCCGUGAGGAGAGCCCCACGCUGAGGAACUGCCUACUGGAGAGGGGCGGAGGGACAUAGGUGGGUGAUAGAUGAAUGUUUGGAUCAACUUAAGUAUUAGGGUUCAUAUUUUUAACACACAGUGUCUCCAGAGACAAAGUGGAGGGGGUUAGGCUGAGGGUAAAAAGUGGCACUCUGUCAAGCUACUGCAUACACAAUGAAAGCCUAGAAACAAAAAAGGAUGAAAGGUUAUUUACAAGCGACUCAUGGUACUGGAGGAAUUUAGAAACGGGACAGUGAAUUUUCUAGAUGAGAGUGUGGAGACCAGAUAGAAGUGAAUAAAAUAAAUAAAUGAAAUACUGAACUUAAAUUUAUCUCAUAAUCCAAAAUGAUGUUGAAACAAAGUUUACAUACAUUCUUGAUGCGUGAAAGUAAUCAUUUUUAGCUAUGAUUAAAAAAAAUGACACAUUUCUCUGAUCUAGUUGGAGGAGAAACACGGGAAAAGCUUAAAUAAUGUUUCUGUUGAGAUGUCUUUAAAGCAUUUACCUAUCUCUUUACCGUAAUUGAAUGAGUACAGAAGACUGUGGUUACAAGAACAAGUUGUAAUGCUGCAACUCAUGCUACAAAUGUACAGUAAAGAGUGUUGUUUACCACCAACAUCAUUAUGCUGAAGGCUGUUUCUUUCAAUUAAGUUCCAUGUUGAUUGAAUAAAACAAAACAACUAUAUCACUGGAGCAGUCUGGAAAAAUAUAGACAGCUCUUUGCAUUGUCUCAUUAAAAAUGCUACGGAUGUGUCGUCUUAACUAAUCUGCUGUCGUUGAGCACACAGACUAGAGCAAAGGAAGAAUUCGAGAGAAAGUACUGAGAGCUGGGCAAAAUUAAAAAAUCAAAGGCACACAUCAGACAGCAAACUUGGAUCUCAGCUUUUUCCGAGGUCUUGAACAAAAAAUCUUGAAACGCUGCUUGAAGGCAUUAGCGCUACAUUAAUAUCUAAAGGAAAAGAUCAAAUAAAGAGAUGAGAAACUGAACUCUCAAGAUUAAAUUACAUUUAGAGGCAACUCUUCCUCUGAGCCUCUGAAAGAUUGUAUGAGAAUACCCUCUAGUGGCCUCUGAAGAAAAUGAAAGAUGAAAUAAAGCAAUUUGCUAUUAUGAAGGAUAACAUUUACAGACCUGAUAGGCCUUAAGUCUUGAAUAACUCCCCAAAUUCAAAGCUACAAAUAAUCAGGAAGUUAGAUAUAAGUGGCAGCUUUGAUAAAAAUCUCAUUAAAACCACAUAAAAUCCACUAAAACCUGAGAUAACAACGAUCCCUCUGCUGAGGAUCACACACUACAAUUCCCUGCAGGAACAUAAGAGAAGAUUUACAGCCGUCUUUCCUCAGAGGGAACAUCUUACAGCGUGCUGACAGUGCAAUCACUGCUCUCUACUGAGUUCUAAUACAGUGCCUGAGUGGCAUUUGGUUGACUUCUAUGCAUGAGAAAUAAUGGAUGAUAAUAGCUCUCUGUUAAAACUGUCAAUUUGUGCUGAGUGAGUAUUUCCAAAGAUAACUUCUUCGAGGAUGCCAUCCCAAGACGAUGGAGGGGUUUACAUUUACUUCUCAUCCUGCUGCGUGACUGUAGAAUCUUUAUUGGAUUCAUUUAAUUGUGC